AUGGGGAAGGUUUACUGUGAAGUUUGCAAAAAGCGUUGCAAGGGAAAUGUCUUGAAAGUGAAUGAAAAAUAUUUUCAUAAGGACUGUUUCACAUGUUCAGAUUGUAAAUGUAGUCUCAAAACGGGUGGGUUCUUUAUGAAAAAUGAUAAAUACUACUGCCAAAAGGAUUAUCAAAAAAUAUCAACUCCAAGAUGUAAAAUUUGUGGUGAAGUUCUUGUAGGAGAUAUUGUAUCUGCGCUUUCUUAUUCCUUCCACAAGGGAUGCUUCCUUUGUAGUCAUUGCAAAACACCCUUCAGUCCCGGUAACCGCGUUACAAUUUGGAAGGAUGAAUUCUAUUGCGUAUGUUGUUCUCAAACCGUCUGUGCACGACAGUCAUCCAUAGGAUGCAAGAGUCGACCAACAUCUCCUUUCUCCCUCAAAGAAGAGCAGCAACGGCAUAAUGGCAAUGGGCUAUCAUCAACCACAGUUCCAAAGCAACCACUCAAACAGGCGCAACAACAGAACCAAAAUCAACCGACGCAUAGACUCUCUUUUGCAGAUCAUCCCUCACCGAUUUCCUUUGCUGAAAGUGGAAGUGGAACGGAGAAUAAUGGGGGAAGAACGGUAAUCGAAAUCGUCUCUGUCAUCAUCUAUUCUACAGUGUUUUUUUGCGAGAUAAGCACUGAUCUCAUGAUUCCUGACUUGGAAGCCUAUGAGGGCCCGGCAUAA